AUGUCAGUCACAGUCACCAAGGAGGGCCAAGCCGUGCCGGCCUUUGUCAAGGCGUUUGACGACCAGGCCCACGCCGAGUACCCCUACUCCCGCUACCUGCCAGUCUAUGACAACGAGACCAAGUACCCGCCCACAGAGCCAUUCGAGUUCAACGACCGCGGCCACGCAGCAGACAAGGCCAAGCCGCACUUGUUCGAGACUGGAGAUGCCAGGGUCAAGAUUGACAAGCUGACUCCCCGCGUGGGCACUGAGAUCCGCGGCCUGCAGCUGUCGCAGUUGACCGAUGCCCAAAAGGACGAAUUGGCUCUGCUCAUCGCGGAACGCGGUGUCGUUGUCUUUCGUGACCAGGACUUUAAAGACAUUGGCCCCGAGAGGCAAAAGGAGUUUGCUGCCUAUUUUGGGAAGCUGCACAUCCACCCCGUCGGCGCCCACGUGGAAGGCCACCAAGAGUUCCACAACAUCUACCUGGGCGCCGAUAACCUCUACCGGCUGCGCCAGCGCUCCAGCCGGCUCACAACCACCGGCUACCACUCGGACGUCUCGUACGAGCACCAGCCGCCGGGAAUCACCCUCCUCGCUCUGCUGAGCGUCCCGUCGACCGGCGGCGACACGGGCUGGGUGUCGCAGGUUGCUGCAUACGAGCGGCUGUCGGACCCGAUCAAGAAGCUUAUCGAGGGUCUGCGUGCGGAGCACAGUGGGUUCCCGCAGGCGGAGAAUGCGCGGAGGGAUGGGAAGCAUGUUCGACGGGAGCCGGUGAAGAGCGAUCAUCCGAUUGUUCGGAUUCACCCGGUCACCGGUGGAAAAGCCCUAUUCGUCAACCCGGGCUUCACGAAACGCAUUAUCGGCCUAAAGGAUGAGGAGUCGGAUGCUAUUCUGCAGCUUCUGUUCAAGCACAUCUCACUCUCGCAGGAUAUCCAAGUCCGCGUCAAGUGGGACGAUCGGACCGUCUCGCUGUGGGAUAACCGCGUCACUGCCCACACGGCCAUCUCGGAUUAUGAUACCACGACGGAUGGGCCGCGACAUGGGAUUCGGCUUACCACGCUUGGGGAGAGGCCGGUCGGUGUUGAUGGGUUGGAGAGUGUUUGGUAG